ACAACAUGCAAUUCGUUAAAAAGGUUUGCUCCAAAUAAAAUAUCUUAUAUCUCCCCGUGUGCUCGUAUCUCCGGCGAACCAUGGAGCAAUUACCGGAAAACAAACCACCACCGCCGUCUUCGUCGGAAGUUGAUAUCGGAGUGCUGGAUAAAGUGAAACCAAUUGCCGGCGAUUCCGCUGCCGAAUGGAUUGAUUACGCCGUUCAACAGGCGGUGAUCGCACAAAAAACCGCAGCGGAAACCCUAGAAUCCACCGUUAAUCUCACCAAAUUACGCAUCGAUCAAAUUAGAUCGACUUCUACUGCUCAUUUUCAUAUGACAAUCGAAUCCCUGAAAGAUCUCAAAUCUGACUAUCAUGUUUAUGAGGAUCUUGUGUUUGAAAAGAUCAAAGAGGGUGUUUACUUUACCGCUUCACAUCCAUUUGCUACAACUGGACUGGUUUUUGGCUCAGGGAUAUUGGCUCUAAAACGGACAAGGCGCUCUUUAUACUACAGCACCCUGCGUCUUUUUAGCAAUGACGAGGCCAUGCUUGCUAAAGCUAAUGCCAAGGUACAAAAGUUACGGGAGUCGGUUAGAGCCUUAACAGAAGAAAGGAAGCAAUUGGAGAAGCUCUCUUUAGGUGCAGAAGUAGAGCUAAAACGGGCAACGACAAAACUAAGACAAGCAGGAAAGCAAAUCCAGGGUGUCAUAAGCUCGGGUUAUAAGAUUGAAAGACAAGCAGGGGGCUUGAAGGAUAUACUGUCAGAGCUUCCUAAGAGAGACGCAUCAGGAUUCCGGUCCGAAGUGUCCCAACUUGCAUCACAAGCUAAACGCGAGAGAAGGGUUCUUAAUAAAGAGGUUAAAAAGAUAUCUAACUAUGGUAUAUCUGUCUGAACACACCGCCACUGUAAGGUGAGAACAUCGAAUCUGAAAACAUUUCUAUUGUAUGUAAGAAGUCACACCAGCGUGCUUCUUAAAAGAAGGUUCUUUUAAUGGACUUCUGUUUGAUUUUGUAUCACCAUUUACCGCAUUUGGUAAAAGAAAUUGUAACUUGUGACCUUGCUCGAUUUUGGUUCUCUGGAACAAUGAAUAAUGUUACAGUUUAAAAAAAGAAGAACAAAAGCAGGUUACUUGCAAGUUGCAAGUAGAAUGUGUAAUAGUUGUGAUUUGAGGCUGUCCA